GUUUAUUUAAAUCCCUAUUAAUCAAGAGAUUCGAAAAAAUUGUUUCAUUGAUUUGAUUUCUUUGGGGUCUUUUUCCCCUCAGAUCAAAGGUGAACAAAUUAUGGCGAGAAGCGGAGAUCCACAAGGCGACGGCGGCGAGCCAGUGCUGCCGAGAGCGUCUUCCAGCACCAGACUAAGGUCCAGACCCGACCCGUUUUUGGUGGUUUGCCGUUGUUUUAGUGUUAUAACGUCUCUCACUGCGAUUCUCUGCAUUGCCGUUAAUGUUCUCUCUGCCGUUCGGUCUUUCAAGAACGGAGCCGAUGUUUUUGACGGGAUUUUUCGGUGUUACGCUGUUGUAAUUGCCUUCUUUGUGGUUCUGGCGGAAACAGAAUGGGGAUUCAUAAUCAAGUUCUGGAAGGUUUUGGAGUACUGGGCUGGUAGGGGUAUGCUGCAAAUCUUCGUUGCAGUAAUGACAAGAGCUUUCCCUGAUUAUACAGAAAGGCAAAAGGAUCUGGUUCUUCUUCAGAACAUAGCAAGCUAUAUGCUCCUUGCCUGUGGUGUAGUUUACGUUUUCUCGGGAAUCUUAUGCAUUGGCUUUCUCAAACGUUCUCGCCAGCAAAAGGAAAUUACAAGGGAACAAGCAGUUCAAGAUCUGGAGGAAUUGGAGAGAAGAAGAGAAGAACUUGAACAAUUGCUGUUGGCUGAAAGGGUAUGAGAGAAUGUGGGUGAUUAAGUCAAAUGGAGAAAGGGACAUCAUGUCCUUGUUGUGUGUAAGUUUUUUCUCCCUGAGACAGGUAAGGAACCUGACAUCAAGAAUGGUUCAACUUAAAGAUGCUUCCUUGUACUCAUUCUCAUCCUCUUUAUAUUUUCUGAUGCUUUCUUCAAGUAGGAUACUAAGAAACAGCAUUUCGUGUACGAUUCUUUCUGAUUGCUUCUAAAAUAGUUUGCUCAUUAGAACCUUCAUUUUCUCGUCUUUUAUUUAUUUGUGUAAAUCAUUUUUCUUUGUUUAGUGACACAACGAAUCCUUAAACAUAAUUUCAGUUGAGUUACAUAUAAAUGAUUUUUUAAA